CCCCCUCGGCUUUCCGCCUCCACCUCAGUGCUGGCUUCUAGGGUUUUCUCCAGGAGAAGGAAUAUCCUCUGCAGGUGCUUGAUUUUUUUGCGAGAUUUUGAGCAGAAAUGGAGAACAUCGACCCGAACUACCAGCAGCCAUUGACGCAGGAAGACCACGAGCAGCAUCAGGAACAGCAAUCUGGAGUGGUCGCGAACUCGAACCAGAUCAUGACCUACGGAUUCACUUCUCCCAACCGCUUCGCUCUGCCGUCGCUCACCUUCCAUAACCAGCCGCAGCACUUUUUUAGCGCUAGCCACCAGCAGCAGCAGGUGCAAGCCUUCUGGACGAACCAGAUCCACGACAUCGGACUCUCCUGCGAGUUCAGGAACCACAGCCUCCCCCUGGCGAGGAUUAAGAAGAUCAUGAAAUCGGACGAAGACGUCCGGAUGAUCUCCGCCGAGGCUCCGAUCAUCUUCGCCAAGGCGUGCGAGCUUUUCGUCAUGGAUCUGACUGCGCGCGCCUGGAUCCAUACUGAGGAGAACAAGCGGAGAACUCUUCAGAAAAACGACGUUAUUGCGGCCAUUGUGAGGACUGAUGUUUUCGAUUUUUUGGUGGACAUUCUCCCCAGGGAUGAGCCGGCGGGCGGCAUUCCGAUGCUCGGAGGUCUGCCGGCGGCGGCGGAGGAUUUUUCUCCGUACUACUAUGUGGCUCCGACGACUCCUCCUCGUAUGGGAGGAGGGCGGAUGGUGUUCGGGAAACCGGACGAUGUUUUUCGUAGCCAGGCGGCUCAUCAGCAUGCGCUGCCUCUGCAAUUCCUGGCGUGGGGGCAGCCGGAGGACGGCAUGGAAGAUGAGGAGCCGCCGGCGGCGGUGGUUGACGGUGAUGAGACAGAGGAGAGUAGCGAUGAGUCCACCUGAGAAGGUAUGAGGACAGCAAGGCUGAUUAUUAUUAGUAUUAUUAUUAUUAUUAUUAUUAUUGGUAUUAUUCAGACUUUGCAGUAUUUCCCAUAUAAUGUCGUUUUUGCGACAUCAAAUAAUGUAGGAUGGGAAAUGCCUUCUGGAUUUGGAGACAUCUAUAUCUAUGUAUGUUUGUGCUAAUUAUAU